UUUUGUUUGUUCACUAUUUUUUCUGCAGAAAUGACCAUGAUGCAAAAAGUCUUAAUUUUUCUACUGAUCCUUUGGAACUCAUCCACCUUUUCCUCAGAAAACACAGGCGGAUACAACCUUCAAUUCCUGCUGGGAUGUCAAGCUGUGAUACCUUGUCAACAAAAGAGAAGUGAAUCAAACUCUUUUAGAUGGUUUUACAAGAAGAAUGAACAUAGUCACGAAAUGAGGAUAUUUUCUCAAGAUAAGACAGGGCUAGCAUUGCAUCAUACAUCUCGUCCCAGAGGGAGUAUUACUAACAAUGCUGCCUUUAUGAUCAAUCAUUUUGAAGAGGAAGAUCAAGGCUUGUACUGGUGUGAAAACUGUUAUCAAGGCAAAUGUGAAAAGUCCGCAGUCAUCAGAGUCAAGAAAGUAAUUCUGGAUGAAAUUCAUGAGCCAUUUUAUGUGACUGAAGGGAACAGUUUUACACAUGCAUGUCCGGGUGAAUUUACUGACUUAAAAUGGACUUUUGAAGCAAGUGACACGACGGCUCCCAGGAUCUCGGCAGUGAGAUCGAAAAUUGACUUUGUGACUUCCAACAAGUCUAUACACAUUGUAAAUGUUGAAAAAGCAAAUGCAGGGAAAUAUACCUGCUGGAUUAGUGGAUGUGAUGGACACAGACAGAAGUUACUUACCAUCAACUUGUGUGUAGUUACAGUGCACCAAAUUGAGAAUUCAUCUGUUUCGUGUUCUUUGAUAUGUGAUUUGGAAUUCAGUCACAACAAGUCUUACAACAUAUCAAAUAAGGAGACAGGCACAAGGAUGAUAUCAGUGCGAGUAGAGCUGUAUGGGUCUUUAAAUUGCAGUGCAAAGCGGAUCUUUGAUCUACAAAUAAUUAGAAGUAACAGCACUCACACACCAUCAAAUGCUUUAAACAAAACAACAGAUAUACAUACAAAGCUUGAAUAUCUGACGCCAGUUAUUUAUGGAACAUCAGCAGCCCUUGUGUGUCUUAUUUUAAUGGCACUUUUAAUUUUCUACUUAAGAUCAAGAUCACGAGCAGAUAUUUCUGAUUGUGCAUCUGGCUCUGGCAUUGAGGGCAGGGGAGAGGAGACUUCUGUGGUUUAUUCAUCAUUUGUCAUCAGGAGACCUGCUAAGACAACAAACUAUCAUGUGACUUCCAGUGAUUGUGUGUAUAGUGAAAUACAUGUAAAAAGAAAGGAGGUCCCAAAUUAAGAAGGUCCAUAAACACCUCUGUUAUGACCACCCUUAUUCUCAUAUGAUUUAAAAAA